AUGUGCCAUGUGUUAUUGAUACUUAAGUUGAAGCUGAAGUUGGAGUUUGAUUGAAGCAAAUGUUGAAAUUGAUGUUUUGUUUGCUUGAGAAAAACAAGAGGAGUGCUGAAUUGAGCUUUAAGUUAUAAGUUAUUUUUUAAUAAAAUCUAUUUAAAUUCAACAAAAUUAGCUCGAGAUUUCAUUAUAAUAAUUAUCACUUAUAUAUUAUAAAACUUCUCUAUUCACUUAUAGAGGGAGGAUAAAUAAUUUCACUACUUUCACAUCCUUUAUUACUAUUUUCAGAUAUUAUUACUAA